AUGGCUACUACUACGGAAAGACAAUCAGAGAUUCUGAGCGUAAAGUUUGCCUGGGCUGUUCUAAGUGAAUUUAUAGCCACUGCAAUCUUUAUCUGUAUUGCCUUGGGCUCAUCCUUCAAGUGGCCUUUGGAGCAGCCUAGCGUCCUCCAGAUCUCUUUGGCUUUUGGACUAACUGUCGCAACCGUGGUUCAUGCAUUUGGUCAUAUCAGCGGUGCGCAUAUCAACCCAGCUGUCAGCCUUGCCUACUUUGUGGGAAACCAGAUCUCCAUCAUCCGCUUUGUAUUUUAUGUGAUCCUACAACUGCUGGGAGCCCUUGCUGGUGCAGGAAUCAUCUAUGGGGUGACACCCAAAGACAUCCGCAAAACCCUAUUCGCCAAUGAAAUCUCCAAAGAGAUAUCCUCAGGUGAAGCAUUUGUGAUGGAGAUGAUUACAACCUUUUCUGUGGUUAUGUGCAUCUUUUCUGUUACUGACAAGCGCAGGAGAGACAGCAGAAGCAAUUCAGCAUUGGCUAUUGGCAUGGCUGUUUCAAUGGCCCAUCUUGUUGGGAUUUAUUAUACUGGCUGCUCCAUAAAUCCAGCAAGAUCCUUUGCCCCUGCUGUCAUACUGGGAACAUUCAGUCGGUGUCACUGGGUCUUCUGGCUGGGGCCUAUCGCAGGUGCUAUCUUGGCUGCUAUAGCAUACAACUAUAUUCUGUGUCCCCAGAGACUGAGCAGGGAGGAGAGACUGGAUAUUUUUAAAGGUUACUUUGUUCCUGAAGAUGAUCUACAAUACUCAUCAGGAAGUAGGACCGAAUCACAGUGGAACCGCCCCACAGGUCAGGAGAACCACCCGAUGAAUUAUACUUCACCCAUGUAA